AUGGAAGUUCAAGUGGUGGAAACUCAACGUUGCCAGAAUUCCAUUUUAUAUUGUGGUUACUACAAGUAUUCACUAAAGUGUCGAAAUAAAAACUCUACUAACCGAUGGAUCUGCAUAAAGCGACCGUGUCCAGGUUCCUUAACUACAAGUAAAAGUUUAAAUGUUUUAUCGGAGAGACCGCAUUCCUGUGUCCCUAGUGUAGCCAAAAAUGAAGUGGAAGCAAGUCUAUUCAGAGCAAAGAAACGUGCCCGUGAAGAAAUGACUCCAGUGCCACAAAUUUUUAGACAAGAGCUGAUGAACGUACAAGAUGCUGGGCUAG